UUCUUCUAAUUAGUGUCAUGGCUUUGGAGAGAGGCAUGCCUUUGCUUGAAUAAAAAUAGCUGUAAUUGAAAUUUAUCUUUCCUUAAAGAAUCCUUCGUUUUUGCUGACUUCUGAAUUAUUUUUUUAUUGUGAACAACACUCUUCCUCAAUUAUAGGACUUUUUCUUAAAUUUCGAGUAAGGAUUAUAUUUAGGGAGUAUAUAUUUCUCGCUACGGGAAAAAAAUGGUUGCCAAACAGUUUCUUGGCGUUGUUGAUUACAUCGUUAUUUGCAUUACAUUAUUGAUUUCUGUGGGUAUUGGAGUAAUUUCAAGGUUGCUUUCAAAUAACCAGAUGACAGCAAAAGAGUACAUGCUAGCUGGUAAACGAAUGACUAAACUCCCCGUUAUUCUUUCCAUAAUUGUUACCAUAAUAUCGCCUUCUACAAUAAUUGCGGUACCUGCUGAAGACUACAAGUAUGGAUUUGGCAUUACUGUUGGAGUUCUAACUCUUCCAAUUGGAAUGUUUUUAGCAUUAAAGAUUUUCAUACCAGUGUAUUUUCAAUGCGGAGUGUCAACAGUCUACGAAUUCCUGGAAAUGCGAUAUGGAAGUAUGAUAAGAUAUAUCAUUUCAGCAUUGUUCCUUGUACAAAUGAUAUUUGUCAUGGUUGUUUCUCUGUUUGGAUCAGUGCUAUCUCUCAGCGCUGUGACCGAUCUAUCUCUAGAAAUUUCGGUGAUUUCGCUUGGAGCUCUAUGUACUCUAUACUGCUCGUUGGGUGGUUUAAAAGCUGUUUUGUGGACUGACGUUUUUCAAGCAGCGCUUAUAUUUAUAUGCAUGGCAUCAUUGUACGUAGCAGGAAUUGGUGAUGCAGGAGGCAUCGCUAAAAUAUAUGAACAAGCAAAAGAAGGUCACAGAUUAGAUAUGUUUGAUCUUCGUUUAGAUUUAACGAACCGGCAUGAUUUCUGGGCAUGCGUAUUCAGGGGGAUUAUUUUUGGAAUUGGAUUUUAUGGGACAAACCAAGUUGAAGUUCAAAGGUUACUGAGUCUAAGCAAUAUCAAGAAAGCAAACAAGACAUUUCUAAUAACGAUUAUUCCUGCAUCGUUAUCAUUUCUUUCGUGCCAUGUUCUAGGCCUUAUUAUGUAUUCCGUGUAUUACCAUUGUGAUCCAGUUCUAAACAAAGAACAAUCUGGUGUCAGUAGAUACGACCAAAUUGUUCCAGAUUACAUGAUUAAAAAAUUCAGUUCUAUACCUGGUAUGACUGGUAUUUGUAUAGCAGGUCUUUUCAGCGCUUCACUGAGCACCAUUUCAUCGUGCCUGAAUUCCGCUGCUACUGUAACAGUUGUCGACUUCAUUAAACCUCUGUACAAGAGAGGAGAAAUUUCUGAUGUCAAAACAGUAUGGUUGGUAAAAAUAUUAUGUGUUGUUUAUGGUUGUGCAAGCAUUGGAUUAAGUUUCUGUUUCCUCGAAGUUAGAAGCCUUGUGCAACUCUUAAAUGUUAUGCUUAAUUCAUUAGAAGGACCUAUGUUGGCUGUAUUUCUAACAGGAGUUUUAACAAGGAAAGGAGGUGAUAAGAGUAUCUCUUUCUCUCUGAUUGUGGGUUACAUAGUAAUGACGUGGAUUGGGUUCGGAUCACUUAAUUCCAAAUAUGUCCAACCUCCAUUGCCACUUAGCAUUGAUAUGUGUCCAUCUAGGAAUGUUAGUUCUCAAACGGACAUUGCAUUUUUGGAAUGUACAACUACGGGAAAUUGUACAUCUAGUAUUUCCCAAACAGCAAAGCCAACAGAGGAUACUUUUUAUUUAUAUAAAAUAUCUUUCCUGUGGUAUUGUUUCAUUGGAUUUGUUCUAACUCAAGCUGUUAUUUUUAUCACCAUUCUUGCAACAGGCUGGAGAAAGAAUGUCAUUCCCGAAGACUCACUGUGCCUCAGUCCGGUUACUCGAAUUUGGAAUAAACCAAAAACUCCAAAUUUGAAUGAUGUUAAUAAAGAAAAUGAGAAAGACGAAAAUUAUGAUUUAACAUUUCGGAUGUAAAUUUGUGCUAUUUUAAUAUCCAUUUCAAGAAAUUAAUUUGUACAUUCCGGAGAAUAAAGAUUUUAGAAAUUAAGAGAAC